AUGCACGAUGGAGUUGUUUGUGAAUUGAAUGAAGUGAGAUUUGUUCCUCAGCUGAAGAAGAAUCUUAUUUCUGUUAGAGCUUUAGAGGUAACGGGAUUCAAUGUGACUUUUGAGAGCGUUGUAGCAAAAGUUACUAAGGGAUUUUUGGUGACGUCAGGCGAGCAUGGUGAUGAUUUGAAGGAUACAGGUACGAAAGGGCAUGAUCAGGGAUCGACGGCUCAGGUUCAGGAUUUGAUUGUAGUUUGGAGACUGAGGAGAGACAUACGGUUGCCAGCAAUGUAUAUGAACAUAGUCGUUGUAUAUGCACUUCCGGUGGAGAGUAUCGACGAGAUGGUUCCUACUACAUACAGAGAGGCUGAGCAGAUUUCAGAGACAGAUUUGUGGCAGAAGGCUAUGCAGGAAGAGAUGAAGUCUCUUCACAUGAACAACACAUGGGAGCUUGUUGAGCUUCCAAAGGGGCGGAAGACUAUUGGUUGA